UUCCCCGACCUCGGACUAACUUCUGAGCCAACAGGCGCAGGUAGCGCAGGGACCGUAGGGGUGCGGGUCGCCAUUCCAGCGAUACACACAGGAUGCAAGUGUGCGGGAGCAGCGCGGCGGGACGCCGGGUCUUCGAUAGCAUCUGCCCUAACAGGAUGCUGGAGCUGCCAGGCCCGCCUCUCCGCAAACCGGUGAAGCCGGAGAGGAAGUUCGUCCCUCCGCGGAAGUUCUUUUCGGGAUGCGGCGGCGGCAGCCCGGUGUCUGUAUACGAGGACCCCCCGGACGUGGAGCCCGCUGCCCUGCCAGCCCUUACCACGAUAGACUUGCAAGACCUCGCAGACUGCUCCUCUCUACUCGGGUCCGACGCGCCGCCUAGUGGUGACCCGGCUGCCUCUCAGAGCCACACCUUGGAAACGGAAGUGGACUUCAGUCUUCAGAAUUUCAGAGACACAGUGGAUGACCUCAUUGCAGACUCAUCUACUUUGAUGUCGCCUACCCUGGCCGUCAGUGACUUCCCCUUCUCUCCUUGCGAUGUAUCACCUCUCGGGUCCUACCUCUCCCAGCGGUUGGAGCCCCGGGCCCUCCAGUCAGCACCACUACGCCCUCCAGAGGUGCCGCCGCCAGAACAGUACUGGAAGGAGUUGGCCGACCAGAACCAGAGAGCACUGGGGAACGCUCUCGUUGAAAAUAAUCAACUGCACGUGACGCUAACUCAGAAACAGGAGGAGAUCGCCUCGCUUAAGGAACGGAACGUGCAGCUGAAAGAACUCGCCAGCCGGACCAGACACCUGGCCUCGGUGCUGGAUAAGCUGAUGAUCACGCAGUCCCGAGAUUGCGGGGCCACCGCCGAGCCCUUCCUGUUCAAAACGACUGCAAAAAGGAGUUUGGAGGAGAUGUUCAGCGCUGCCGGUCAGGAUUGCGCGGAAGUAGAUGCCAUACUGAAAGAGAUUUCUGAGCGUUGUGAUGAAGCCCUACAGAGUCGCGAUGCCAAGAGGCCCCGCCUGCAAACCGAGCCCAGGAACACUGACUGCUGGCCCGGAAAUCUGCACGGAGCCUUCCGAGGACUGCGCACGGACUGCGGUCGCAGCUCAUUGAACCUGAACCACAGCGAGCUGGAGGAGGGCGGCUCUUUCAGCACUCCAAUCCGCAGCCACUGCACUAUCCGCACGCUCGCCUUCCCCCAGGGCAAUGCCUUCACCAUCCGAACAGCCAGUGGGGGCUACAAAUUCCGCUGGGUACCUAGUUGAGCUGGGAUGUUGUCCCAUCAAACACUGCCCUGGAACACAGGUGAAGCGCCUGCAGGUUGAGUAGGAGUAACUGGAACCAUUUCCCAAAUCUGGCUUUUCAAAACUCACUCUGCAGGCGAAUGCCACCCUGAAACUUCUAACAAAAACGUCUUGAUUUUAAUGCACUGUAAAGUUUUAAUGCACAGCUGUGAAGCAUUGUAUAGUCUUUCUCCUUUUCACUGCGUGUAUCUAUACAUAUACGCAUGUGUGUGUACACACACAUCACAGUCUAUUUUAAAAAUAUUUAUUUCUAGCAUCUUUGUAGAACUAUGUAGAGCAGGAAGGGAUUUAGAAAUCAAUUGGUUCUCCGGGUGCGGUGGCACACACUUGUAAUCCCAGCUAUUUGGGAGGCUGAGGCAGGAGGAUUGCCAGUUAGUUAAAUAAGAAACAUUCUUUCUUAAAUUGGGCGGCAGGGAGGCUCCGUGGUAGAGUAUUCCUGGAUUCACUCCCCAGUACCAUUGCUGGUGGGGGUUAAGAAAGAGAAACUAAUUCACUAUUUUUAAACUUAUAUAAUGCCCUGUUUCGUAAGAAGGAAAAGGAGGCUGUAAGUUAAAUAACUACAAGAAGCAUUACUGGAAUCUUCCAAUCACUAAUAUUUAAGGAUUCUAAUCCCAGAAGCCUAGUCUCUGUGUGAAAGUUUCAAUACACACAACAUAUCCUGGAAGAAUAUGUAAUUCUGUUUCUAUUGAAAACUUUCAUUUCAGUUGCUAGAAUAAAAAAAAAAAAAUCAGGAGAG